AUGGCGAGAAUAUGGUAUCGCACGUUUCGAGAUUUCUUCUCUAUCCGUCGACUGUGGCUCUUCCCGUUACUCGCGGGGACUUUUUGGUUUCUAACUCUUACUAUCCUGCUAGUCCGCUGGCUAGCUAUCGGCCGCCCUCAAUAUCCCGGACAAAUGAAUCCCUACGUACCGUUUAUUAGCGACAUUGCUGCGCAUCAGUUCAAACCUGUGUUCAUCAUAGGAUGCUGCGCAACAGGAAUCACAUUCAUCGGGACCAUGUUCGCGGUCCACCACGUCCGUUACUCGCCCCAGUUUUAUGGGUUGACGGACGAUUGGCCCUGGAGACAGACUGCUAGUCUUGUUGCUCAGAUAGCAGGUCUAGCUGCCGCGAUAAGUUUGACGAAUCUUAGUAUAUUCGAUACAGAUGAUGCGCAUAAACGCCACCGUCAUCUUCUCAUGGGCACGUUUGGAGGAUUGUUCGUGAGCGCGGUGAUUACGACUGUGGUAUGGUGGGACCAGCUUUCGGGCCCCACUGUCUUUAAAGGGCUGCGGAAAUGGUGUAUUUUUAAUACGUUUUUGGUGCUUUGCCAGUUCGGCUGUGGGCUCGCGUUUGUGAUUUUAAUGUACGAUGGCCAGUUCAAAGCGUCGGGAAUCCUUGAGUGGUGUCUGACUUAUUUGGGCUCUUUCUGGUUGCUGUCGUUUGUUGGAUAUACGAUGUUCCGAGAAGGCGAAGAGCCCAUAAUUGAGGGCGAGAACGAGAGACAGCCCUUGCUCGCUUAA